GUACAUGAACCCUUUAUAAACAGAUUAAAUAUAAAUACUGGGUGAUUCUGCAGCUUUUACACACAUUUCCCAUAACGGACUGACAACAAACAAACAAGGAUAAGCAUGAUACCUCUAAUUCUCAUUUCAGUGAUAAUUAGUUUAUGUGGCGCAAGUGAUGACAGCUGCCCUGAAGUGGACAAUGUAGCACUCUAUGGGCGGGCUACCAUGUCUCAGUCAUACAGCUUCUUGGGCCUUGCAUCCAAUGCUAUUGAUGGCAACCGGGAUGGGACAUACAUACACGGAUCUUGUGCUCACACUGCUAACCAUCUGAACCCUUGGUGGAGAGUGGAUCUACUGAAAUCUUACAAAGUGAAACUCAUUGUUUUAACAUCCCGAGAAGACUGUUGUCCAGAACAAAUAAAUGGAGCUGAAAUUCUCAUUGGUGAUUCACUGAAGAACGAUGGAAAUAUUAACCCAAGAUGUGCAGUUGUGCAGAACCUUGGCACUGGGAUGACGAUUGUAUACCACUGUAACGGAAUGGUGGGGCGCUAUGUUAAUGUUGUCAAACCUGACAAAACGGAGAGCAUAGUGUUCAGUGAGCUUGAGGUGUAUGGAACUCCUGUAAAACAUUAAUUCUAUUUAUGUACACUACUGGCUGUUAAGAUAUGCUGCAAAAUUAAUAAUGAGAGUGAUGGUUGAAAAGACAGGAGUGUAACAACUCUCAGCUUCUUUAUUAAACAUUGCAAAGAUA